UCGCGGCAGCGGCGAGGAGGAGGAGGAGCAUGGCCGGGAAGGGAGGAGGGAAGUCGCUGGUCGCCGCGAAGAUAGCGGCUGGCAUGGACAAGGACAAGAAGUCACCGGUCAACCGCUCCGCGUGCGCCGGCCUCCAUUUCCCUGUGGGACGCAUCCACCGCCACCUGAAGGAUAGCGCACAGGUCGACGAGCGGGUGGGGGCGACAGCGGCCGUGUACGCAGCGGCCGUCCUAGAGUACCUGACGGCGGAGAUCAUGGAGCUGGCCGGGAACACGUGCAGGGACCUCAAGGUGAAGCGCAUCACCCCGCGGCACCUCCAGCUAGCGGUCCGCGGGGACGAGGAGCUGGACACCCUGAUCAAGGCCACCAUCGCCGGCGGCGGCGUCAUCCCCCACAUCCACAGGGAGCUCAUCGACAAGGCUGCCUAGGAAUGACGAAGGAGCAAGCAGUAUGAGAAAAAAACCUGAGAACCAAGUACCAUGAACCUCUUGUGGGUGGCUUAAAAAUAGAGGCGGGCACUCGCCGCUUCAUGCUCCCUUAGUUACUACUGGAUGGUUGUUCUUUUCAUCCAUCAGCUAAUAAACAUUCCAUCUAUCA